AUGACCUUUGCCAGCUCGCCGUCUAGAAUGAGUCAAAUCGGCGUUCUACAAAAAGAGGGUUCUACACGAAGUAUGCAAUCGAACGUACUCCGAUCUCCGGAUUCAUCCGGUCUCAAUUUGUUGCUUCCCAAUUACAUUGCCUCUUGGCUUCACGGUGCGGGUGACACAAAUUUCCUCCCGGUCGGCAGUUGGCUGCACGUAAUCAACGUGCGCGCACGACAUGGGCUGUUCGGCGACUUCGAGGUAGCAUGGGGCGAGUCCAGCGGAGACACAAUGAUGCUUGCUACUGUGGCCACUUCAGACAGGCGUAAGGCGCUGUCAGGUGUCGCCCUACGACAUCGAUUCUGCAGGUCCCCGCGCCGUCUGCACCGCCGUUACAUCUGCAAGAUUACCGCAUUCAGUCAUCAUGAUCAGCACACCUUCCACAUCUGCAACGAUUGCUGCGACUACCCGUUUCUUGCGCGCAUCCGCAUCCAGCUGUCUGUCGUACCGUACCGCGUAGGAUUCUCGUACGAGAGCAGGAUGGUACCAUACUCGUAUUACCGUCAGACCCCGAUGCCGGGCUGUAGGCUCAACCUCCCCGAGAUACCCACGGAUAGAUUGGUGCAGGAUUGGGCAUGGGCUGAGGUACUCUACGACGACAUUUUCCACUAG